AUGCAUAACGCAUCCAAAACGGAAAUAUCCAAAAACAAUUUAAACAUUUUCUCAUUGUUUUACGCCAAAUAUGGAAAAAAGAACAACAAUGAUGAUGUAAUUACGAGCGAGCAGCCCGUGACAGAGGAAAAUUUGACCAACGCGAAAAAUAAUUACAAUCAGAAUGUCAGUACUAGUAUCAGCAUGAGUAGUAACAUCCUCAGCAGUAACGUCCUAAGCAUCAAUAGCGACCAAGUCCAAAGCGAACAUGAUCUGUUCAUGGAGAGAGAACAAGACUACGACUCACAUAAAAAUCCAUACAAAUCUGCCAAAUUGUUUUACGACAAUAAUAUGCCUUUCGAAACGCAUAGAAAGAGCAGCCGAAGUUUAUUGGACAAGAAUUAUUUCUCCAUUGCACAUGCGUCCAUCUUCCCCAAGGAGGAGUUUCUAGGCGGCUCCCCAAAAAAUGGUUCCAACGAUGCCAAAAAUGCCAACAAGGACAAAAGUCGAAAGAACAACAAAAGUAAUGAUAACCUGUACGACACGGAUUACAACUUAGACAAUAACAGUUACAUGGAUAACCAAAGUAAAUUUUCGAAAUUCCUGGACGCUUUUCAAAAUGUGGAUGGUAGUGAUGAUUACGACACCUUUGACAUAUUUGGCAUUAACAAACCGAGGUCCACUCAGGGUUCCACUUCUGUGGGCGCCGCUCGGGAAGCGGAAAGUGGAGCCUCAACCAAGGAGGAAGAUAAGGCCACAUCAGGAGUGGCGACAUCCACCACAGCGGCAGCGCCGUCGACAGCGAAGGAUGCACAGAAUCAUCAGGCAAAAGAAGAUGAUAAACUGACUGGCGGUCCAAAGCGGAAGGCGCCAGUUCAGCGCGGAAACAAAGCGGGUAGUGGACACCGCGAGGUUGAGUGCGAUCCGGGAUCUGGUCGCUGCGAAGGGAGUAGCGCCGAGAAUAGUGGAGAGUACAUCGCCGACCACGUUAGCGAUCACGUUAGCCAUCACGUUGGUAACUGUGUAGCGGACGAGACCGGGAACCACAUUGACCAGUUAGACGAGGCACAUCAGAACAACCCCACAGAAACACACACCGGGGAGAAACCCCCAUAUGACGAGAAAAAUUUUCCUUACGAUAAAUUUCUACUGAAGAAUUUUUUCUCCAAAAUAUCAAAAUUCAUGUCGAAUAACAACAAUGAAGAAGGAGGACACAGAGAUGCAAAAUAUAAGUCAAAAGAAAUAGGAAAGAACGAUGACCAUCUCACUGUACCCUUUAGCAGAAGAGGUGAAAGUCUCAAUUCGUAUAGCUCUCCAUACGAAUUAAAAGAAUAUUUCGAUAAUAAUGAAAUGAAAAGCCAAACAGGGAAGAUGAGAAAUUCCCUGGAAAGAUUUGACACGUGGGAACCUUUCCCAGCCAGUGAGGAAAAAAACAAGUAUGAAAUGAGCAACGAUAUUAGUGACAAAUGCAACCAAGGGGAGUCACCUGAGAAUGAUCAGGUAGGAAGGUCAGACCGGACAGACAGACUAGAGACAUAUCAACACGCAAAUAUACAGAGCCACUAUGCAAACACACAGACGGAAAAUAGUGAGAACCGCUCCGAAGGAAACAGGGGCAAUUAUAACUCCACCAAAUGUUAUCACUAUGUGAAGAGCACGGAUGAACCGAACGAUGACUCGUUUAGUGAUUUAGGCGGGAAGGGAAUGAUCCAAAGGAAAUGCCAUGCUUGCGCAAACGAGGAGGAAAAAGAGGAACAGUCGUACGUCGUGCACAUGGAGAAUCAGAAAAUGGGCAUCGAACAGGUUAAGGAAGAAGAAAACAAUGCCACGAGAAAAAAGGGAUAUCACAGGAAUGAUUAUCAAAAUAAUAGGCACAUAUCGCUUAGCGAUUUGAAACAUUUUCCAAACAUAAGUUAUUCAGGUAAACAGGAUGGCUCCGAGAUUUUUCGAAACAAAGAGAGUUUGCAAAAAUACUACUCAAUGCUUGACAAACUUUCAAAGAGAGAAACAAAGACGUCUGCCGCGCCGAGCAAUAUCUGUCUGAGUCAUGGAAACAACGACGGUGUAAACGGGCAAGGGAACGACAAAAAAGGCAGUAUUGAUGCAAUUAGUGCUGGUGAUGGUAGUGGAAGCGAUGCCUAUGAGAAGGACGAAAAUGGAGAGGAACGAGGCGAUGGCAACUGUAGAACUGACCACAGCGCCCAGAACAGCGGACAUCACGACGGCAUCUGCAUAAGUGACGACAACCUCGAUACGAACAGCGCGGAACUACUUAAAAGAAACUCCGACGUGGAAAACAAUUUCGCACAUAACUCUGAUGCGGUGAGCGGUGACACCUUGAGGAACAACAAUACCUAUCGGCACUGCUCAAAUAGAAACUACGAAUACAAUAAAUCAGAACAGGAACGUAGUGCCUAUAGUAGAGUGCGCAGCAAGAAAGGGAAUUUCCUCAAUUAUUCCUUUAUGAAUAGCAAUACUCUCAACAAGGACUCUAUCAACGUUGAGAGGAGCGAGCGAGACGACGAGGAGAAUCACGCAGAUGUUGACGCGGACGUCGAGGCGGACGCUUAUGUGGAUGCCAAUGCCGACUGCGACGAAGACUGCGAUGAACACUGCAGCGGUGACUGUUAUGGGGAGGGCACCCGAGGUGGUGACGUAACCACGUGCAUUAAACCGUUCCGACAUAUCAAGGGCACUGACUGCGAUGACAACGAUGUUAGCGUCUGCCUCUCUGCAGAGAUGAACGCGACAUGCAAUCCUUAUGUUAAGAAAUGCGCCUUUAAAAAAGAAAUGUACAGAAAUCCAUAUGACGAGGUGUGCAGAAUUAAUAGCAACUACGACAAUUUUGACGUUGGCAUUUUCCAGGGAGACAAAGAAAUGCUUAAUUACAGCGAGGAUAACUUAAUACGGGACAAAGUACCCGAUGAGGAAUGUGCGUGUUGUGGUUCUGAUGUGCAGAAGGGGAGGAGACACGGGAACGAGAGCGAUGUGUAUGAUGGCGAAGUCGAGGAGCACGUGUAUGACGAUCACGCGGAUCACGAUCACGGGGACCACCAUCACGACCAACAAUACAAUCGUGAUGAUCAUCAUCAUGACAAUAUGGAUGACGAUCUGGAUGGCCAUCUAGAUGACCGUCAUCGCGACGACUUGCUGUUCUCCAUGGCACCGUACAGCCGGAACAGCGGCGGAAAGUUAGAAACGCUCCCCAGGAACAGAUUUAACCUUUUCAAUAACUCGAACGCGUUUGAGUGCACGGAGGGCAGCUGCGGGGAGAGUUGCUUCCACGAUAAUUGCUGCCGGGGUGGUAACUGUCGAGGUCGUAGCUAUCGGAGCGGUAACUGCCAACAUGGCGGCUGCCAAGAUAACGCCUGUUGGGACGACUGCUGCAGGAGCACCUGUGUCCCGGAUAAAUACCACAUGCGGUACAGCGAGCGCGUGAUCAGCGGCAACUUCUCGGACGGAGGGAAGAGCGUGGAAAGAUACCUGAGAAACGUGCGCAGUGAGAAAAAGACCGCCUACAGCAACCCAUUUAACCUGAACAGCAGCAUUGCGUACAACCUCUACCGAAGGGCUAGAAAGAAUUAUUUCCCAAAAAAUCACUAUGAUCAUAUUGGGAAGGAAAACUGUGCUAACCAUGUGAUAAAAGAUUAUUUAGAAGGAAAAAUGAAGGAAAGCAAAAAUGAUGACAACAAAUCAGCAACGUUAGCGGAACAAAAAAAAAAGGAUUUUAAAGGAACCUUUAUUUCACUGCCCAACAUUAACAGUUUGAAUGGGCAAAAAUGGUCCUCUCCAAGUGACGUAUAUUAUUAUAGCAAAAGAAACAAAUCGGAAGAAAAAAUUCUCAUUGCAAAUUUGUACGAUGAGGAUGAUUAUUCUAGCAGGGACAUAGGAGGUGGUGGACCAGUUGGCCCAUUAGCCAUGGAUUCUGCGCCUCCAGCCGUAGCGUCAGCAAUUAUGGUGACACCCUCAUCAUCCCCACGAAAGAGAACGACUGGUUUGACAGCAACUUCCGCCAUGACUUUCGAUUCGUCCCCCGUGAAUACAGGAGAUUGUCAGAUUAACAGGCAAAAAGUAAGUGUAAGUAGCAACAAAAUUGAAAUCGUUAGGAAGGCCGAUAUGAAUUAUAAAAGGAGAAUUAUCGACUCCCGGCAGACUAUGGCAUCAAAUGAAUAUAUGCAUCAUUAUGGCAGCAGCAUAGCCAUACCCAGUAGCAGUUAUUACCACGAUUCACUUUCCAAGUGUAAUGGUUUGUAUGAUCAUUCCUCUAACAACAGAAGUUUGAAAAUGGCUCCCAAAACAAAUAACCUAAUGUCAGUUGAUCCAAAUGCUUUUUCUAAUAUACGCACAAAAAUACCCUCAGAAAGAGGGCACAGAAAUUUGUUCACUCAUGUUAUAGAUGUUGAAAAAUUACAAGAAAAUCAAUAUCAAAUAUAUAAGCAAUUAAAUAUGAGCAAUAGGGACAGAAAAAAUACGAACGAUUUUAUCGAUUUGGAGGACGUUAAUCAGAGGAAGAACUACAAUGUGUAUAGACGAAAUUCAGCCAGUGCCUCCAACGUUGUCGAUUACGAUUGGGAGAAGGAAAAUUUUUUUAAAAAAAAAAGUGCACUUCUGAAUUGUUACAAUGACGUCGAGGACGACACAGCAGUCAAUUCGUUCUUUCCCUGUGACAAAAAAAGGGAGCAGAUGGUAAACUACAUCAUUGAUGUGGAUAAGGUGUACGAAGAUGAUAAGUACAUGAUUAUGCCUUACGAGGGAGUGAAGCGGAGCCAUAUGGAUUCCAUGAUGGAGGAGGAGAGCGCAUUUAGGAGUGGUUCCAUGAGUGUGACCCAAAUGAAAAGGAGAACGGGCGAGAGAAAGCUGUUUCCCUUGCGCGAAUGUGAAAGAGAUUUCCUCCAACAGCAGCGGCACCACGAGCAGCAGCAACACUUGCUUUACAGCGACAGCGGCAACUACGAAUUGAUGAUGGAGAAAUGUAAUAAGAGCUUUAUACAGAAUUCCCCGAUGGACGUGCCAUCCGUCAACAAUUACCCAAGCAAUAGGGAGUACAUCAUGAAAGCCAAGGGAGGAGGAAGCCCUAUCCGGGAUUAUCCCUCGAACGAACAAAUCCGAAGUGGCAGUGGAGCAGGCAGAAGGGCAAGAGGCAGAGGAGGAAGAAGCCUUUUUUAUAGAAAGUACCCACUGGGUAGAGACUUACACGGUGACGAAAGUGCAAGCGAAAUGUGGGAUGCAUCCGGAGUAGUAACAGGAGCAGGUGGCGGCCACGGAGACGAGAGCGAGACUGACGUAAAUUACAUCGAUGAUGAACUUGGCCCAAAUAAGUAUCGAUCAGAUCACAACGAUAGCAACAGGAGAAGAAAGUUGAACACCCUCUGCAACAAGAACGAGUUGGAAAAAAUAACUCAAAUUGAAAAUAUCAUUUCCAGAAAAAUGAAGUUAAGCAAAAUGAAAAGAGAAGCAGCAGGCAACGACGCUAGCAGCAGCAAUAACAACCUAGGAAACCCCGAUGAGGAUGAAGAUAGCGACAUAUGCAAUAACAUUGAAUUUGAUAGGAUAAAAAUAGAGAACAUUAUCGACCGAACUAUCAAGCUAGAUAAUAAGGAUGAAAAUAUUAUCAAUAAUAUACUUGAAUUGGAGAGGAGAAAAUACACCAUCAAUUGUAUUAUGGAUAAACUCAGGAAGAAACAAAACGAAUGCAAUUAUUCACCUGACAUCAAGAAGCAACUUAAACAUAGGAUUAAUUCAAAUGUAUAUGAUUUAUACUCGGACAAAAGCACCUAUAACAUUUACAACACGAAAAUGUGCGUGAAUUAUUUUCUUGAGGAAAAGAUGCACUCUCCAGAGAAUAAAGAAUUUAUUAAAAAAUUUUUCGUCGAGAACACCACGAAGAACAUUUACUUUGUGCAGGUGUUUAAAAAGAAGAGGAAGAAGAGAAAGGGGGGGAUCACCACGGGAAAGAACUGUGUAGCGGAGGAGAAGAGUGGUGAAUUGGGCGAACAAAUUGGAAAUGCAGGAACCAUGGCGAAAGAAGUAUCCAUUAGUAUUGCCCCCCCCGUGCACCACAUACCAAGUUACGCCCUUGCAGUAGGUCAGGAGUCCGCGGCGGAAAAGGAGAAGAAGUACGACGUGGAGAAGGGCACACAGGGGAAGCUGGGAGAGGCUGACAGGCUUGGUGCAACCGAUGGGGAAGUUCCUGAUAAAGUGCUCGGCCAAGUUAAGGGCGAUAUCCCGCGCCAAACGUCUAGCCAAACCGCGGACCUCGCCGAACGAGCAGAGGGAAACAGAGGGGCCAUAGAUCCCCCGAAGAGUGAGCACAACAUGAAUUACUUUAGCUACCAGUUGAGUUUCAUCAAGCGGAAGUUUGGCAGCGCGGAGAAGGACGAGGGCAAGAAGGAGGACGCGCAGGAGGAGAAGCAGCUGGAACCACCACAGCAGCAACAGCAGGCUGAGCUGCUAGCUCCAGUGCCAGCUCACCCCCCCCUGGACAGCCGCAAAAACGAAAAGAUGGAAAUAGCCGAUGAGAGUUUCGAGUUGUCUAUGGGUAAGUUCGUCGGCGACAAUGAACAAACAACUGGGGAAGGCAAAAUCGAAUCGGAGGAGAAGCAAGCCAACGUGGUGGCCACAGAAGGGCCACGCCAGGAAGCCCUACAUGGGGAACUUCACCAGGACAUCCUCAAUCCCAGCAGCGAAAAACCCUCGGGGGAGGAAAUACACCCCAUAUUCAAAGCGCAAGGAUCAAACACACACCCCAACGAGGACGAAACGGGGGAUGACUUCGAGGAAAGAGACAACUUAAUCGGCCAAAUGAUAGGAAUUAGCAAAGACGACAGAGAUGAAGAAGAAGAAAAAAAAAGGGAGACCGAGAAUAGCUUCGAAAGCGUAAUAAAUGAAGAAAUGGUUGAAAAUGAGGAAAGCAAAUUUGGAAACUUCCCCUUGCAGGAACAGUUGUUCAGUGCGAUGAAAAUGACCGGAGCGCAGGUCAUCAUGGGGAACGAAGAUGAGGAUGAUUUGGACGAGUAUGACGACGACAGUGAUGAGGAGGAGGAGGAAGAAGAAGAGGAGGAAGAAGAAGAGGAAGAGGAGGAAGAAGAAGAGGAAGAGGAGGAAGAAGAGGAGGAUGAGGAAAAUCACGAUGAGGAGGGGGGUGAAGAAGCGGAAGGAGACGUCGUAGUGAACGCAAAGGGAAGUGAUAAGGAGAAGAAUAACGUGUCAAAUGACCUGUAUGACGUGCAGGACUUUCAGGAUGAGAAGGAAGCGCCGAGUUCCGAAGAAACAAAGAUAAGCGAAGCGGACGCUGCCCAUCCAACAGAAAACACCUGCGGAGGCGGCGAAACUACAGGAGAGCGGGAAGUAGGAGUCAGCAGGAAAUGCAGCGGAGGGAAGGAAGAGGCAGGAACAUCCCAAAGGAAGCAACUAACAAAUUUGCAGAAUAACAGAACGGCGACUCCCCGUUGCGCAAAUGAUGGUAAUGACGCGAAAGCAGUCGAGGUGAAGAACCAAGCCAAAGUAAAUAUUGUAGAACAAAUGAUCGAAAUAAUUGAAGAGGAACCUAACCAAGACAAGUCCUCCUCCCCCGACAUUAGAUUCAUGACAGAGGAUAAAAAUGAGGAGGAAGAGGAAUUCGAAGAAGUCAUCGAAAAAAGAAGUUUCACCAAGUACAGAAACAAACACAACAACAGCAGUGAAAAUUACCUCCCCUGUGACAAUCGCCAUAACGUGAAAAAGGAACAGGAAAAUUAUGCACAGUGUAGCAAUCAUGGAAUGAUAAAUGAAAUUACACUUAAAAGGGAAGAACACGGAACAGGUGAAUUUUACAACCAUCUGGAGAACCACCAGCAGAAGGAAGAAAAAGUAGAACAAGUGAAAGAUGAAGAAGAAGAAUCAGCCGAGUAUAAACAAUUUAAAAAACAAAUCGCAAUGAUGAACAGUAGCAUGCACAAGAAAGAAAAGGAGGAUGAAAAGAACGCCAGAGGAAACGAACAAGUGAAACAUCAAGGGGAUGAUAACAAUCUAUCCAUACAGAAAGAAGAAUUAAUGACAGGUACAAUCAGCCGAGGGAAUUCAGACUCGAUUAGCAACCUGAAUGGGAAAAACUUCUUCAUUAAAGACAUGCUACAUGAGAAUAAUCAGUACGUACACGACUACUGCGAUAUUGAGGACAGUACAAAGUAUAAAAUGUUGGAUAUAGCUAAGAAGAAUCGAAUUGAGAAAAUAAAAAAAAAAAUAAAAAAAAAUAAAAAGCUAACCAAGGAAGAUCUUAAGUUAUUGUCCGAAUUGCUACAUCAUAAAUUUAUACUCAACGAAAUUAGUGCCAUAGGUAAUUACGAAGUGAAUUACAAAAACUGCUUUGAUAUCCUCGAGUUGGAGGAAUAUAAACUAAGGGACGUGCUAAAAAGCUACUGCGAGUGCCUGUCCAUAGGGCUAACCACCCAUGAGCGGGAAUUUCUCAACGAGUUCCAGCUGUUCAUGCCUGACAUGAACAUCAUGGACGACAAGAACAUUCUGUACAUCCUACGGCACUCCAGGAAUGAGAAGAAUUGCGUGUUCAAGUGUUUCCUCUGCGAGAAGGAGAGCUCGUAA